CUACUACUAUGUUGUCUGUUCCGAACAUGAGAUCACCUGAAAAAAGGUUGCUGGCAGGGUUUUACCUUGCUCAAUCCUGUUUUUGGUGCAGCUGCAACUUCAAUCCCACAGUUUCAUUGUCGGUAGUAUCACGUAAAAUUCAGAAGCCUGCCACAGCACUAACUACCAAGAAAACGAAGCUUAAUUCUUUCAGACUCAUUGAAUCAAACAGUUGGUGGGCACAACAAGGAGAAGAAGAAAAGAGUGUUCUUUUUAGAUGUUAAUCCACUCUGUUAGGAAGGAAGCAACCCAGCUUGAACUUUUUUCUUCGAUGGCUCUCUCUUUUCCUCUCCCAAGUCAGCCAUGCUGACCCUGUCAUUGCUCAGGUUGUUGAUGGAGAAAGAGGUAGUGAGCAUUGUAGACAGUUACUACCUUGUUAUAAAGCACAGAGAACAAAGUUCAUGAGACACUUAUCAUCUUCAGAGACUUUCAAAAGGAUAUGUUGGCAAGUCCUAUCAAGCUAUCAGCGAUGUUCUUCGAAAAUGCAAUGUGCCUUGCAAGAUGAAAGCAUGUCGAUUAUAAAAGUCGAUGGCCGAUGAUGUUGUGGCGACACUUGCGGGACAAGUUCUCAAUAAAGGAUUUCGAGUGGUGAUAGCCUCCCCUGAUAAGGAUUUCAAGCAGCUUAUCUCUGAAGAUGUGCAAAUAGUUAUGGCAUUGCCAGAGUUAAGAAGGUGGUCCUUCUACACGAAACACUACAAAGAUCAGUAUAAUUAUGACCCCCAAUCUGCUCUGAGUCUUAGAUGUAUAGUAGGUGAUGAAGUAGAUGGUGUUCCUGGUAUCCAACACGUGGUCCCUAGUUUUGGUCGAAAGACUGCUGUGAAACUUGUUAAGAAGCAUGGAUCAUUGGAAAAAUUAUUAAGUGCAGCUGCAAUAGGGACUGUGGGCAACCCAUAUGCACAAGAUGCCCUUACAAAGUAUGCCGAUUACUUAGGCCGAAACUAUCAAGUUCUUGCCUUGAAAAGAAGAAUUGACAUGCCAAAAAUUUAAUGUUGCAUAGUUAGAGGGACUCCAAUCUAUGCAAAUGAGAUCAAAGCUGUGUUAAGUUAGCAAAGGGCCAGCUAAACUUCAGUGGAGAAAGAUUGAGUCACAUUGUCUUGCACAAGAUUGAUCCAUUACCACCAUAUCAAUGAACAAUAUUCAAGUAAUAGGGAAGAAUUGGAGGCUAUUAUUUAGACAACACUAAACAGUAAACAUGAUUCAUUGAAGAGUCGAGACAUUUCCAUUUUCAGUGGGUAUUACAUG